ACUCUGCCUCCUCCAGAUGCGCAGUCCCAUCCCAGGCCUGGGCAGGGUGAUGGUGUUCCUCGCGGCAGCCCUGGCGUCAGCCUCCCUCGCCGUCCCCGAGGGCUGGGGAGAGGAAGGUGUGCAGUACGGACAGGUGGGGACAGACGUGACCCUGUCGUGCACCGGUGCCCAUGCCGGCUCACCGGUGCAAUGGAGACGGGCGGGUGCCGUGGCACUGCCGGAGGGCUCAGCCAUCCAGCAGGGAGCCCUGGUGCUGCCACGUGCCAGCUUGGCCACCGCGGGAACCUACAGCUGCCACGACGAGGACAGUGGCCUCCUGCACGCCGUGUCCCUGCGGCUGGGGUACCUGCCGGGGGUCCCCUUUGUGUCUUGCAGAGCGUCCGACUACGAGAAUUUCUCCUGCUCCUGGACCUCCAGUGUGGAGACCUUCCUCCCCACCAGAUACAUCACGACCUACAGGAAGAAAUCACUGACAGGCGAAGAGAAGCGGAGGAACAAGAACGGGCACGUGGGGCCGUGCCUGCAGGAUCUGUCCCGCCCUGGCACCUGCACUGUCCACGGGUCGGAGUUCUGGAGCUCCUACCGCCUGAACAUCACCGAGGUGAACCCACUGGGCUCCAGCUUCCGCCUCCUCGACGUCACCAUGCAAGCCAUCAUUAAGCCGGACCCUCCAGAGGGCUUGGUGGUGGAGCCCAUCCCCCUGGCCCCGCGGCGGCUCCACGUGAGCUGGAAGUACCCCUCCUCCUGGCCCAAGGAGCCCCACUUCCAGCUCAGGUUUCGGCUCCAGUACCGGCCCAUCAUCCACCGCUCCUGGUCCGUGGUGGAGACGGUGAACCUCUCCGAGGUGAUCACGGACGCCUUUGCUGGGCUGGAGCACGUGGUCCAAGUCAGCGCCAAGGAUUUCCUGGAUGCAGGGAACUGGAGCGAGUGGAGUGCCGAGGCCCGGGCGACGCCGGUCAGAGACCCGGCUACCAUGGCGAGUGAAGAAACCACUACAGACGCCAGCCUGGAAAGCCUGGCCGAGGAGCCCUCCCAGGCUCCCAACCCUGAGCCCAUCGACCGCAGCGACCCCCUGGAGAAGGUGGCCAUCCUGGUGUCCCUCGGGAUCUUCGCCUUCUUCAUACUGGCUGCUGUUCUCGUCAUCACCAUCCUCAUCUGGCUCCGGGUGAGGAAACACAGCAAGGACGAGACCAAACCCCACAACUUCUUGGUUGCUGCCACCCACUUGAAGGCACUGCCGACAGAGGCUCAGAUCCUGUAGUGAGCCCUGGCCGAUCCCUGCUCCCUGCACCUGCUUGCCCACGCGUGGGACUUGAUGCCACUGCUGGCCCCCAAGGACCCCACGCCUCCCAUGGCCAUGGACAUUGCCAGAGCCCCCAGCAUUCUGGGCGUGCAGGAUGGACCCUAAGGAGAGAGGCUCUGCUCCCAGGAGCUUUGGAGCAGGCCAGGAGCCGGUUGGAGGCCAGGAGCCGGUUGGAGGACCUCGGACUCAGGGCAACGGGCCGGCCCCACCGCCGGGUGCUGCUGAACACAUGGGGAUGAGAUGCUGAGCCAGCCCUACUUCACUGCCUAGUGUCGAGGGGGCCGUGGGUGCAGGCUCCCAGGGAUGCCGGGCAUCAGUGAGCAGGGGGUGCUGAGCCCUGCCCGUCAUCCCCCAACCAGCCUCCAGCAGGCAGAAGGGACCCCCCCCCGUCCCUCUGCCCCUCACCCCCAUGCUGUGGCUGGACAGAGCAGUGAUACCAAUAAAGGGGAUAGCGUUGGCACUGCCCAGGCAAGACCUCCUUGCAGAUGGUGCUGGGCCAGGGGAGAGGUGAGUGGCACUG